AUGGCUUUUGGAUUGAAUGACAAUAGGAAUGUUUUGCGUGAAUUUACUAACUCAGAAAAAAUUGGUGAAGGUACCUAUGGUGUUGUUUACAAAGCCACUUGGGGAGCCAGAAAUAUGGAAAUAGCAUUAAAAAAAAUUUUUCUUGAUAAAAGUGAAGAUGGUAUUCCUAGUACAUGUUUAAGAGAAGUUUCUAUAUUAAAAGAAUUAAAACAUCCUAAUAUUGUUACUUUAUUUGACUGUGUAAUUAGUGAAAAUAAAUUAUUUAUGAUUUUUGAAUAUUUGGAUAAUGAUCUAAAAAUGGUACUUGAUAAGUUGGAAAAUCGGAAAAUGCCUUUAUCAUAUGUAAAAUACUCUGGAUUUCAAUUAUUAAAUGGUCUCGCUUACUGUCAUGUACGGCGAAUUAUACAUAGAGAUUUAAAGCCACAAAAUAUUUUAGUCUCUAAUAAAGGGAUCGUAAAGUUGGCUGAUUUUGGAUUGGCUCGUUCAUUUACAAUUCCACAAAGAAAUUAUACUAACGAGGUAGUAACAUUAUGGUAUAGACCACCAGAAAUAAUAUUAGGUGAAGAGUAUUAUUCAUCUGGGGUUGAUGUAUGGUCCUUGGGUUGUAUACUUGUUGAAUGUUUUAGAGGUGUUGCAUUAUUUCAAGGAGAUUCUGAAAUGGAUCAAUUGUUUAAGAUUUUUAAACUAUUUGGUACACCAAAUAACAGUAUAUGGCCUGGAGUUGAAAGUUUACGAGACUAUCAAGAACAAUUUCCUAAGUGGAAACCAAAGAAGAUUUCAGAAGUAUAUCCAGAUAUUCAAGAUUCUUUUGAAGAUCUUUUAAGUAAAAUGUUUUCAUACAAACCACAAUCUAGACUUUUAGUUAACUCUGCUCUAAAUCAUAGCUUUUUUAGAGAUCUUGACAUAUCACUACCUCCUAUUUCAUCUUUAUUUAACAAAAAAUCUUCCUAA